AUGGACGGUGGUGAUGAUGACCGUCUCUAUAAACCUCCAACUGGAAAUCCAGAGGAUUCCAGCAAGAAUCCAGGUUCUAAACCCACCUCAUCCGAGAUCUUGCAACGAGAUGUUUCCAAUAUCGGGGGAUGGAUUUCACAGUCAAGACUGAGCGAGGUGCCCGCAUAUCAAAUUCACGAUCCAGUCAAUAAAAUCCUAGCUUCCAAUUUCAGGGCGGCCAUUAUAAAUGGAGAUGCUGGUCAGGUCCUGAAGUGUAUCAACGGUGGCGCUAUUGUGAAUCCAUCCGAUUCUCCCCCGCCUCUCUACCUUGCUGUUGAAUCUGGAUUCUUUGAUAUCGUCCAAAUCCUCCUUCGCCAUGGGGCUGAUGUCAACACGCAAGUUGAGGGAAGUCAAUUUGGCAGUUCCCUUGCUGUUGCUGUUGCUGCUACUGCUACAUCCAGAGACGAUGCUAUGGAGCUUCUCCUCAAAGCGGGAGCUGAUGUUAACAUGCAGCUCAGAUACGGACGUUACGGGAGUGCGCUCGCUGCUGCCACUACUACACCCAACGGCAAUGCUGUACGGCGUCUCCUGCACGCGGGUGCUGGUGUCAACAUGCGGCUCAGAUACGGACAUUACGGGAGUGCGCUCGCUGCUGCCGCUGCUACACCCAAAGGAAAUGCCGUACGGCGUCUCCUGCACGCGGGUGCUAAGGUCAACAUGCAACUUACGCACGGGUAUUAUGGGAGUGCACUCGCUACUGCUGCUGCUGCUACUACAUCCAACGGCAAUGCUGUACGGCUUCUCCUUGAAGCGGGUGCUGAUAUCAAUAUGCAGCUCAGAUACGGACGUUACGGGAGUGCGCUCGCUGCUGCCGCUGCUGUAUCCAAUAGCAAUGGCAUAGAGCUCCUCCUCAAAGCGGGUGCCGAUGUCAACAUGCAGCUCCAGAAUGGAGACUGUGGCAGUGCUCUCGCUCAUUACACCUCGACUGGCAGGGAGGGAUCCGGGGUGCUUCGUAUGCUCAUUGACGCAGGGGCUAAUGUCAAUCUGGACCUUUCUCACGGAAGCUUUGGAAACGCACUUUCUGCGGCAAUCUAUACUGUAAGGAAUACUUCAGAUCUUGUGAAGGCAGGAGCAAAGAUCGGUCCACUCUCCUCGAUGUUGAUCACAGGCCAAAAGCAAUCUCAUAAAGUCAUCAAACAUACGUUCAAUUGGGAAUUGCCUUGCAUCUUAGGCACUGAUGACAUCCUAACAUACCUUUUCAACAUGGGGACAUUGACGCGCGGGAUAGAUACAGUAGCAUUGGCUACAUGUCAUGACUUUCUUAUCGGAUUGUAUGACAGUUGUGGCGUGGUCCUUUUGAAAGGUAUCGCCAGGGCCCUCAAAAGCUCAAUCCAAUGCUAUCAGGAUGGCAAUCUGCAGAUCAAAACAUCCCCGUCCGAAAUUUCAUUGAUGACGACCGAUGCAACUCCGGACCCAAUUUUACGUACGCUUUGCAUUUCUAGGUUGAAUAGAUCCGGGGAAAACUCUCAAUUGGAGAGCUUGGCUCCAUUUGACGACAUGGGCGACGCUGAAUGUUGGAAAACCCUGUUCGAAUCUGGAGUUAUUGCCCUGCAAUUACCAGAUGACCAAAUAGUCCCGUGUCGAGGACUAGAGCUGGACUUCAAGCGACUAGUCGGGCUUGCGGCCGUUGAGUAUCCAGUUCUUGUGGAAUCCGGUCUCAUUCUUAUGGGAUACUCAACUGCUCUGAUUCCCGUUGAGACAACUGAGGAUGGAAGGAUCAUGUGGCAUUUGGAGGUUGCUGCGGAUGACUUUCAGCUGCAAAUUUCUGAUCUCAGGGCAACGAAGAAACAAUGGAUGCAGAACACAAGCUUCGAGCUAUUGCAAAGCAAAACCGCGGUGUUGGGCUGGUGCUCUGAGGCAGAGGUUCUUCUAGGCACAGAUCGUUUGAAACCAACUGUCAGAUUAUCGAAUUCAUCCACUAAGCCUGUCAGUUGGCGCUGGGGUGGUGCAAAUCUGCAACUUGUUGCGCAAUCUGCGUCACCACUGGUUUUGGGUGGUCAGUUAGGAUUCACAUUUGACCGAUGCGUCAACACGAUACAUUUCGACCCCUCCAAGAAUUAUCUCAAAUGCUUGUCAAACAGUGCUCGGCAACAAAUUGUUCUCUAUGAUGUGGAGUCAAAGAGAGCCUGGCUGGUGUCGUUGCUUUCUGUGUUUCACCACAUGUUACUAACCUGGUCGGAGCAAAUUCCUGAAGCUUUUCGAAAAGCCUCUCCGCCUUUAGCUUUACCUGGAUCGGAUUGUGGUCGGGCCUCUUUAGAUGCUCUGCGGGAUCAGGGGGCGCUCAUCCUUGACAGCUCCGGGGACGAUGCAACAACGGUUCGGGAUCUUGUGAUGGGAUUCUCGGUCAAUUUGUCCAAGGCUGCGUUGCAAGCACCUAAGGGAUCCAAGAUCUAUGGAUAUGAAUUCAUGGAUAUUGCCCUAGACUCUCCGGUGAGUGAGCUUAAGAAGACGAAGCUCCAAAAGGAAGGACUCGGUUGGAUAUCCUUGCUGAAUGAGACGAAAUGCCUUUUCUGUGCCAAUCUGGGUGGUGCCAUCGUCGGCAAAAGAUCAUCAAUGCCUGUAUCACCCUGCAACAACCUCAUUGAGGGGUACGAUUUGAUGGCCGCAUCAGUCCAAAUCAUCGAGACCUUAUCCAAAAGGUACGGAAACAGAGACGACGGAUCUUCCCGCCGAUUAUCCCAGAACAACUUCUGGCAGCUGGCAGGCUCGCCAUUUCAGAAGUGUCAACAUGACAACCAAGGAUCCUGCUGGACCCGACCCGAAGCCCUUGGACAAAUCGUCCAAGAAAUCCAAGACCGACAGUCCGAAUACGCGAAUGCCAAACCCGGUGAAUUCUUCGAGAACGGAGCGCUGGUGUUCGGUAAACAGGCUCGAUCCAGGACGUUCUUCAACCGUGUACAAUCGGCCGAGAAUCACACCGUCAUUCUACAGAUGGGAACGAGUCGCGCUUGA